CAAGUCCACGGUCUGUCAGAGAGCUCGCUAAGUUAGCGUUGUUGAUUUUUGUUGCAUAUCUGCUACUAGAGGUUACAGCUGAGCCCACGGGAGAAUAUAGAGACCUGUUUUUAUAAUAACAGUAGCAAAGAGCUGCGUACUUAGGCUACAGUUACUUUUUAAAGGCCGCUCAAAGCUGAUCUGGGGGGCGGAGUGUCUCCAGACUGCUGCGCCGAUUGGGGCGCUCUGUCGGAGGAAGAGAGAUGGCGUGCUUAUUGGAGGCCCCACUCCGCAUCAGUGUGUUGUCUGAAGUCACUGCCACCAGUCGCCAUUAUGUUGACAGACUGUUUGACCCCGACCCACAGAAAGUGCUUCAGGGAGUCAUUGACAUGAAGAAUGCAGUCAUAGGAAACAACAAGCAGAAGGCCAAUCUGAUUGUCCUCGGAGCCGUGCCGAGGUUAUUAUACCUGCUGCAGCAGAUCUCGUCCAGCAUGGAGCUGAGGACAGAGUGCGCUGUGGUGCUGGGCAGCCUCGCCAUGGGCACAGAGAACAACAUCAAGUCCCUGGUGGACUGUCACAUCAUCCCUGCCCUUCUUCAAGGUCUCUUAUCUCCGGACCUGAUUUUCAUUGAAGCUUGUCUUCGAUGUCUCAGAACAGUCUUCAUCAGUCCAGUCACCCCUGUGCAGCUGCUCUAUACUGACCCCACUGUGAUUCCUCAUUUAAUGUCUCUACUGAGCAACUCUCUGAGAACCCAGGAGUACAUCACCCAGAUCUUCUCCCACUGUUGUAAGACCCCAGAGCACCAGACGAUUCUUUUCAAUCAUGGCGCCAUCCAGAACAUCGCCCCUCUGCUUAUUUCACCUUCUUAUAAGGUCCGGAUGCAGGCGUUAAAGUGUUUCUCAGUCCUGGCGUAUGAGAACACUCAGGUCUCCAUGACACUGGUGAAUGUGCUGGUGGAUGGUGAGCAACUCACUCAGGUAUUUGUCAAAAUGAUGCAAAGGGAUCAACCCAUUGAAAUGCAGCUAACAGCAGCCAAAUGUCUAACCUAUAUGUGUCGAGCGGGUGCCAUUAGGACAGACGAUAGCUGCAUAGUACUAAAGACUCUUCCGUGCCUCGUGCGGAUGUGCAGUAAAGAGCAUUUGCUCGAGGAAAGGGUGGAUGGUGCAGAGACGCUGGCCUAUCUCAUGGAGCCCGACGUGGAGCUGCAGAGGAUUGCGAGCACCACUGAUCACCUCGUGGCCAUGCUGGCCGACUACUUCAAAUAUCCCAGCUCUGUGUCUGCCAUUACUGACAUCAAGAGACUGGACCAUGACCUGAAACACGCACAUGAGCUGAGACAAGCAGCCUUCAAACUGUACGCCUCGCUGGGCUCCAACGAUGAAGACAUCCGCAAAAAGAUAACUGAGACGGAGAACAUGAUGGACAGGAUAGUCAGCGGCCUAUCAGAAUCCAGCAUUAAAGUCCGUUUAGCGGCUGUCAGGUGUCUUCACAGCCUUUCUCGGUCGGUGCAGCAGCUGAGAACCAGCUUCCAUGACCACGCAGUAUGGAAACCCCUCAUGAAGCUCUUGCAGAACGCCCCAGACGAAGUCUUGGUUAUGGCUUCCUCUACACUAUGCAAUUUACUGCUGGAGUUCUCACCUAGCAAAGAGCCCAUCCUGGAGUCAGGGGUGAUUGAAUUACUAUGCAGUUUAACCCAGAGUGACAGUCCUGCACUGAGGGUCAAUGGGAUCUGGGCUCUGAUGAAUAUGGCGUUCCAAGCUGAUCAGAAGGUGAAGGUGGAGAUUGUUCGGUGUUUGGGUACAGAACAGAUGUUCCGCCUGCUCUCAGACCCCGACACCAACGUGCUCAUGAAGACACUCGGUCUGCUGCGCAAUCUGCUGUCAACACGUCCACACAUUGACCAGAUCAUGAGCACCCAUGGGAAGCAGAUCAUGCAGGCAGUAACCCUCAUCCUAGAAGCGGAGCACAGUUUAGAGGUCAAAGAGCAGACACUGUGCAUCCUAGCCAACAUUGCUGACGGCAACACAGCCAAGGACCUCAUCAUGACCAAUGACGACAUGCUCCAGAAAAUCAAGUACUACAUGGGGCAUUCGAAUGUGAAACUGCAGCUUGCUGCCACCUUUUGUGUCUCAAAUCUUAUCUGGAAUGAGGAGGAUGGUUCUCAGGAGCGUCAGGACAAGCUGAGGGAGAUGGGCUUUGUGGACAUCCUGCACAAACUGACACAAUCCUCGGACCCCAACCUCAGUGACAGGGCGAAGACAGCAUUGCAGCAGUAUCUAGCAUGACUACAGUGGGCAGCAAUCUCCUUCUGCCAGCCUAACUAAUGUCUGGAGGACACCCGGCUCCUUCGUUAUUUGUUUCAUUUAAAGUGCCCCUAUUAUGCUGAUUUUUCUAGAAUAGGUUUACAUACUUUAAUGUCUAAAAACCUUUUUUUUCUUCUUUCUUCAUACUGUGCACUGCUGCAGCACCUCCUUCCAUCCUCUGCCUGCCCAGUCGGCUCCAACUGGUCCGUUGUUGCAACAGAAACAAGGCAACAGUGUUUACGUACACAACCACCAUGGCCCUUCAAAGCUGCCAGCUUAAGAAAAAGCAUUAGCAGUGGCCACAUUAGAAAAAUGUGCCAGUUGCAUGAAUUACAACACAGCUGCUCUCUUUAAUGUAUAUGAAUGAAUUUCCAUUAGAGCUGUUUUACUGGGAAUUUUACUGUAUUUAAAUACAGUAUGUGACCUUAGACCAGUGAAUACAGAGGGGCUGUUCUACUGUUGUGGCGAUGUUGACAUCCACAUAAUAUUCCACAGUGUGUCACAGGUGUCAUGACUGCAGUAACACUUUUGUUUCUGCACUUGCAGAAGGUGUGGUGUGUUUUGGUAGUAACAAAGAGAUUUUUAGAGUUAUCAGAAACAACUCUAGCAACACAAUAGUGGCGUACAGAGCGGCGGCACGUGGAUUUAGUUAAGGCCUAGAAGGUGUACCACACUAGCAGCUAGGUGGGAUUUAUUUAAGUAUGUCACACAGUGACAUAGAUCAGAAACGUAACGAGAAGCUCGAUUACAAACGAGGCGUUUCAGCAGCAGCGUUCUCUGUGAGAAACAGUAACUCCAUUUGUUUUGGGUUUUUGAGUCUGCUAGAAAAACAAGCUGCAGAACAGAUUAAAGGGUACAGGAAAACCCUGAAAGGCGUAAUAGGGGCACUUUAAACUUGAGGCCUGUUUUGUUGCACAAAGACACCUUUUUUUGGACCUGUGGCUGACCUCUCUUCACUUCUCCAGUACAAACACCUCAACCCAGCCUCAACAGUUUUGCUCCUUCUCCAUGGUGGACACUGACUGCAGUUGUUGUGAAAUCGACGGUUAGGAGGAGUUUCACCUGUUUUUUUUUUUUGUUUUGUUUUCGUCUCUUCAAGUGAAUCCUUGAACUUGGAUUUUGUGAUUUGAGAUUUUUAGGCUUUUUUUUUCGUUUUCAGAGUUCAGCCGCCUGACAUCACCGCUAUUUUGGAGCCUUCAGACUUCCUGUAUUGGAGGUUUUUGGUUUCAGAGAACAGACUUUAAGAGCACGGCUGUCGGACAGCAAACUUUCCCAGUUUUAUUUUUUUAAUUUUUGACUAAAAUUACUAUUAAUAUUGUUUCCUUAAGGCAUCGCAAGUAAGGAUAUACUUGGAAAAACACAAACUGCCUAUUUUGGAAUUUUAUGGGUGUUUUUGUUUUUUUUGUUUUUCCUUUUUUUUUUGUGGAUACAUACCUCGUAAAUAUAUAAAUAUAUAUAAAUAUAAACAAAUAUAUAUUUUUGGAUUUUUAUUUUCUCCUGCCCCUCUUGGUUUUCAUUCAGUCCUUCUGAACCAUGAUUUUUUGGCACAGUUGGGGAAUCCACUGCACUCUGAUUUAUCUGUCAUACUCGGUCUUUAGAGGUUCAUCGGGAAUGCGCAUUUCUCCUUUUUGGUUUCUUCGCUGUUGUGGUGCUGCUCAUACAGAAGCCUGUCCAGUAUCCUUAUAAUCCCACUGAAAAAUGUUGUGCUUACACAGACCUGCACUUAUGAAUUAACAGGCACGAGUACACCCAGUGCGGAAGCGAAUGGAUGGAUGGAUGGAGUACACCCAGCAGCAGGGAAAAGAGGGUUAAUGUAUCCAUUCCUCACAUCUCCGGUUGAAAAAGACCUGAUGUCUGCUGCUGUUUCUGCAGUCCCCUGUGUGCGUUUGUCAGAAGGGAUAAAUGAAAUUCCCACAUCCACGGGUUUCUCUCCUGUGAUGUGUUUUGAGAGGUGAGUGAGGACAGAGUAGAUGUGAGAAAUAAAGUAAGAAUAAUUUGAGACUAAGGCACCGAGUGCAUCCACUGCAGCAGAAUCAUGUGCUACAUUGUUUUUUCACCCCUUUGUUAUAUAAUUUCUUUGCCCAUCAGGAUAUUUUUAGAACAUUAUUCCCUGACAUUUCAAACCUUACUGAAGCUCUGAUAGAAUGAAUGUUAUCUUUGAAAAUAUAUGCAGAUCUGAAGGACUUCCUGUGUUGCGUCUUAUUUCUUCUUGGAGAGUCCAGUGUGCUUCAUAAAUUUUAAAUAAAUCUUAGAAUGUGUUGCAGACUUGUUGCUGCUGUACCCAGUAAUGCAGGUGUUUGUGGAUGUGACCACAAGCUGUCAGCAGACAUACAGUCAUGGGAAAAAGAAUGUCAGAGUCUUCCCAGGAGUGGACAUCCAGCAAAUCCACCCCAGGGUCAGACUACAAUGCUUGGAGUAACUGCAAGAGCUGCAUCUCAGACUGUGCAGGCCUCAGUUAGCAUGUUAAAUAGAAAUAGACAAGUAUGGCUUGUUUGGAAGGGUUCCCAGAAGAAGGCCGGUUCUCUCUAAAAAGAACCUGCCAGCACAGCUUAGGUCUGCAAAGUUGCAUCUGAAGAAAAACCCAAGGCCUCUGGAACAAUGUCCUUUACACAGCGCCAUGUUUGGUCCUUCCAAAGCUCAACAACUCAGUUGAACAAGUUGAGAUUUUAGCAAAACCUCACGUGAGCUUUAUUUGAUCUUUUUAAAAUCAAUCCAUCAGUUUUGUGCUGCUUUUCUGGCUUCAGGUCAUAUUGAAUUGUAGGUUACACCUAUUAAUGCAAAUUCUUGGUAUAUACAGCUGCCAAGUACACAGACAGUGGAAUCUCUUAGUAAAGUUCCCUUUGUAAUUUUAUAUUUGUGCUGUAUGAGUAUAAAAAUUGUCACUAGUUGCCAGUGUAAUUUGUAUGAAAUAGAACUUGUAAGGUUUUCAGUUGUACUUUUCAAACCCUGCAGUAACACUUGUUUCAUUUGCACUUAAACCUGCUGUCCAAACUGACCUCUGCAAACUUAGAUAUUGUAAUUUUGUACGUAGUAUAAGUCAGACCACCAGGUAGGCAGCAGUAGCGUUCCAGGGCAAAGAAAACAUAAGACACUAAUUUGAACUUUGAACACUUUGAUAAAAAAAAAAAAUGCUUGAUGGGGUUUUUGAUUAUUUGGUUUUGGUUUUUGCUCAUAUAAUGUGUUUGAAGUACUGAAGCUUUGAGCAGAAUAACUGUAAUACCAAAAUGUGAAAAUUCAAUUGAAAAUUUUCCUAUUUAGCAUGUAGCUAAAAGAAAAACCCAACCCGAGCCCUAACUCUUGGUUUGGGCGCUGACAAUCUCAUGGGUGUUAUAAAAGCUAA